UUUGUGAAGACAUCAGGGGCCCACAGUGCCACAGUGGCAUUUGAGGACUUCGAGAAACAAGGACACAAUGAGUCUUAAAUCCAGUCUAUCUGUGAGUUGGGUGCGGGUAUACCUGGCAGUGGUGGGGGCAGCGCUCCUUCUGGACUUAGCGUUAAGUCUAAAUGAUACCUGUCUGACCGGGACUCACCACAAGAAAUCCCCCAGCCCAGAGACCACCAUGAAAGAAUGUGUUUUGUACUCUAACUCAUCCUGCUGCCAUGGUAACUUCACUGAGAAGCUUGUGUCCCCUGUGAAGAAAGUGGACAACACCCACUGGAAUGUCUGUCAGCAACUUAGUGACGGGUGUGAGUUGUUCAUGAAGAAGAUCGAGUGCUUUUACCAGUGCUCCCCAUACACUGCUCACUGGAUGAAUCCCAGCUACACUGCGGGCUUCUUACAGGUCCCUCUCUGUGCCAGCUUCUGUGACAGAUGGUUGGAUGCUUGCAAGGAUGACCUGACCUGUGCUAAAAACUGGCUCACGGACUUCAAAUUUGACAGUGACGGCAAUCACUGUCAACAUGACUGUGUGCCAUUUGGAAAAAUGUACUCCAAUGGGACAGACUUGUGCCAGUCCAUGUGGGGCACAUCCUUUGUGGUAAGCUCAUCAGACUGCCACUGUUUGCAGCUUGAUAGCCGAGACGAAAUGGCCCUGCCCUAUAUCCUGCACCAAAAUGACAGCUCCAGCAGUCUCUCACCCAACCAGGAGGGACCCUGCCACCACGCACCAGUGAGUCUGGACUACAUGUCCCCCAGAAACAACACUGGCACCACCAUUUGAGGUCCAUAUACGUCAUAACUACUGUAUAUGUCUGUUUUCUGGCUCCUGUCUACCAGCUGAUGAAAUAAUCAGCUGAUGUUCUGUAUAUGCAUCAAGGCAUUUAAAAAUGAAGUAAACAGGAUGUGCACAAAUG